UUAAAAACACAAUCGCUUGAAUAUUCCAGGUUGGUUCAGAUCUCCUUAGCGGAGACGGUCGAGCCGCCUUCAUUUCCAUUGCUUUUCCGUUUGUUACAGCGAACUCAUCCCAUCUUCAACCUCUUCAUUAAAUGCUGUAUUUCUCCGUCUGUCUGCCCUUAACUGCAAGCCCCCCACACAUCGGGAGGCGCGAUCCACAAUGAUUUACAGGGGUUUCGCGGUCUUGAUGCUCCUCUGUUACCAGGUGACCUGUCGACCACUGUCAUCCAAGAUCCUGAAGGACGAUGAUAAGGUUACCAGAUGUAUUGCCGAGGUGAUUUCAGAUACUCUCUCCAAACCCUCACUGCCUCUCAGUGAUGAAUGCAGCAACAUUCUCAAAGAAGAUGAGACAGUUCUGGCUAUGGUGCAUCAUCAGAAUCUUCUGAGGGAGCUGGAGGAACUCACACAUCACGGAGAGAGUUCAGCCAAGCAAAGGUCUCUCAAUGGUGACAAGAAGUGGAACUACCCGAUGGCAGGAGUCACAGAGUGGAAUGAGGCAGAGAAUUUGGAGAAGAGGGAUGAAAGGGGGGAAGAUCUCAAUGGCCAAGGAGGAUCCCAUGUGAAGAAGGAUCUCCUUUCAAAGGAAGAGGAAGACAUGGUGCGAUACAGGAAAAGCAAAGAGCAGAACAAGAAAAGCGAAGAGCUGAACAUGGAGGAACAACACGAAGACAAGGAAGCUGUUAACAGUAAAGAUGACACCAAGGCAGUGGUCCAUGCGAGCAAGGAAGAGGUUGUUGAUAAAGACAAAGAAAGUUCUGAGAGGAGGCAUGGUGAGUCAUCUGAGGAGGAUCAAAGUUCCAGUGAGGUUGGGCAAGAGGAACGUGACCUCCUCAAGAUCGAUGAGCUCCUCAAGAAGAUCGCCAAGCAGGAACUGGGAAACCAGCAAGGAGGGAAGAAACACUGGGGUGAAGGGAAAGAUGAUGGCAGCACGGGGAACAAGCACGGACCGGUGAGUGUUGAGAAGCGAGUUCAGGAGAAUGCCAGUGAUGAAGAGACUGAUCAGUUUGAAGCAGGGCAGAAAGGGAUGAAGAUGCUGGGGGUCGGAACCCACCUGCAGGGAGAGGGUAGCAAGCAAUCCCUCGAGCAACAGGAGAUCGAGGAUAAGAGACACCAUCACUUUAGCGUGGACUUGAAGAAGAGACACGAGGGUGAGAUUGAACAGGAGUGGAAGAGGAACCGUGAUUUGGAAAGCAGCAAAGAAGAGGAUAGUGAGGAUGAAGAGGAGGAGGGAGAGGAAGAAGAAAAGAGAGUGAAAUAUGAGGUUGGUAAGCUGAGGAACCUUGCUGAGAUCGAGAAGGAACUGAAGGAGGUUGCUGAGAAACUGAGAGAGAUCCGGCGGGGAUGAGGCUUGUGCUUGGCUCCAAUGACCCUGACCAUCCUUUGUUGUGUCACGCCGGCCUCUCACCCACUGCUCUGGCUCUGUACUGUUAUAGUCCAAAGCGGGGACAGACAUGGUGCAGUAAUGCAUGCUAUACUCUUCAAUCUUUAUUGCUCUUUCCGUAACUGGCAAUGUCACUCCGUCAAUGACAGGAUUGGAUUUAGGAAACAGCAACCCCUUCCCUUGCUUUUAACGGGCUUGGAGUAUUGUGUGCAGGUCUGGUCACCCAACCACAGGAGGGGGGUCAAUAAGGUUGAAAGAGUACAGAGAAACUUUACAAGGAUGUUGCCGAGAUGUGAGGACCUGCGUUAGAGGAAAGGCUGAACGGGUGAGGACUUUAUACCCUGCAGCGUAGGAGAAGCAGGGGAGAUUUAUUUAAUAGAUGUGUACAGAAUUAUUUGGAGUAUAGACAGGCUUUUUUUCUCUGAGACUGGGUGCGACUAGAGCUAGAGGUCAUGAGCUAAGGGUGAAAGGUGAAAUAUCUCAGGGGGACCUGUGGGGGAGUUUCUUCACUGAGAGGGUGGUGAGAGUGCGGAACGAGCUGGCGGUGGAAGUGGUAGCUGUGGGUUCCCCUGCAACAUGUAAGAAAAGUUCGGAUCAGUACAUGGGUGGGAGGGGUAUGAAGGGGAGGGUUGAUGGGACGAGGCACAUUUAAUAGUUCAGCACAGACUAGAUGGGUGGAAUGGUCUGUUUCUGUGCUGAAGUAUUCUAUGAUGCUAUGACAGCAAUGACUCUCGUAUGGCACUGCUCCAGGAGAGAGAGAAGAGGGUUGCGUGCUUGUUGAUGCAUGCUUCA